AUGGCCUCCAGAGCAGCUUUCUCCCGUAUUGCCCCCGCCCUCGUCAAUGCUCGUGCAGCGACGCCAUUCGCAACGCGUCGCGCUGUGCUCAUCCGCGGAUAUGCCUCCGCGACUGAACACACCUUGACCGUUCGCGAUGCCCUGAACGCGGCAUUAGAGGAGGAGAUGUUGCGAGACGAGAAGGUCUACAUUAUCGGGGAGGAAGUCGCACGCUACAACGGUGCUUACAAAGUUACCAAGGGACUUCUGGACAAGUUUGGUGAGAAGCGAGUCGUAGAUACUCCCAUUACGGAGAUGGGUUUUGCAGGUCUUGCCGUUGGUUCUGCGUUUGGUGGUCUGCGACCCGUUUGCGAGUUCAUGACCUUCAACUUCGCCAUGCAGGCCAUCGACCAGAUUGUCAACUCAGCCGGAAAGACACAUUACAUGUCUGGCGGCUACUUGCCAUGUCCAAUCGUUUUCCGUGGUCCGAACGGUUCGGCUGCCGGUGUUGCAGCACAGCAUUCACAGGACUUCUCGGCGUGGUACGGUGCCAUCCCUGGCCUGAAGGUCGUUAGCCCAUGGAAUUCCGAAGACUGCAAGGGUCUGCUGAAGGCAGCUAUCCGGGACCCCAACCCGGUCGUGUUCCUCGAAAACGAGAUGAUGUACGGUGUCAGCUUCCCUGUAUCUGCGGAGGCGAUGUCGGACAACUUUGUCCUACCCAUCGGCAAGUGCAAGGUCGAGCGCGAAGGCAGUGACGUCACCAUUGUCGCACAUAGCAAGAUGGUCACUCUCAGUCUCGAGGCUGCGGACGAACUCGCGAAGGAAGGCGUCCAGGCUGAGGUCAUCAACUUGCGCAGCAUCCGUCCACUUGAUAUCGAUACGAUCAAGGCCUCGGUCAAGAAGACGAACAGACUUCUUAUCGUCGAGGGUGGCUUCCCUGCCUUCGGUGUUGGCAGUGAGAUCUGCGCUCGGAUCGUCGAGAGUGAGGCGUUCGACUACCUCGAUGCACCGGUCGAGCGUAUCACUGGUGCUGACGUCCCUACUCCCUACGCAGCCAACCUUGAGGCUUUGGCCUUCCCCGACACCCCUCUCAUCGUCAAAGUGGCUAAGCGUGCAUUGUACAGGAGCAACUAA